AUGAUUUGGUUACCAAUAUUUUUGGUAGCCGCGGUAGGCUGCGUGAGCGGCCAGGAGACAGCACAGACGAGGGUUGCGAGCUCACUCAGCGAAUGUUACAGCAACCCAAAUCUUUUGAACAGAAACAAUUUGCCACCAGUCACCAUGCCAGUCCUCAUUGAUAUCAUACGCAAAAUAGAAGACAAUACCACCACAUUGAAUUUAAGAGAGAUUACAACCCUACUCCUUCACUCAUUUCGUCAAGACGGUAUCCAGUACCAUCAACCAGAGAACUCGGUCGCUUCUGCAAAUGUGCUGCCGUUCGCUCCAACUUUCCACUCAUUCCAUCGCAACAGGCUGCUAUUAACCAGGCUUCUCCCUGAAAAUAGGCUUACUUUAAGUGCUGACGUACUACCUCCAGUUUUGAAGUGUACUCUUCAUCACAUGCUGUCGACAACUGUAGACACAAGGGUACGAGGAGACGAAAGCAGCUGCAGUCAACUGUCCCAAUACCGAGCUCUAAGAACUGCGAGAUCCGGUCGCUCUAUUAGUGACGAUGUCGAAAUUAUGAAACCAUCAGACUUACUAUCCGCUAACAAGAACGGAAAGAUGAGACAAUACGAUCCUAACAAUGAUGUGGAGUUCGGUAACAUGGGUGUCGGAUCCAUGUCUGAGCGACAAGUUGCUGAGAGUACUUGUCCUUUGCUGGGCGGUGUGGUGGACACAGCUUGGGGUGCCGUGUCUGCAGGAAACGUGAUCGCUGGUAUUGCAACGGGAGCUCAACCACAAGUUGUCAACAUCCUGCAGUUGGUCAGGGACGCUAAUCUUAACUACAGGAAUGUUCAGCAAACUGUCAAUUCCCUGUUCCCAGCCACAUUAUCUGGUGACCUGGCUGAAGCCGUCCUCAUUCAAGGCACAGAGCGGGGCAGCACCUCUAUUGUAAUAGGUACCGCUGGUGGUUGGAACAGUACUCAAGCUCGCAGACACUUCAUGUUGCAAAACCGCAUUAACGUUGAGAUGACAGACCCUGAGAUCCGAGGAGGUAUCGAUGGCUUCGUUCUUGGUAGUAAUGUUGUGGCCCAAUUGGGAGUUGCCAGCAAUAUGAAGCUCUCACAGCUCUUGGAUAUGUACUAUUCACCUAGGAAUGGUGCUUUGGACCCCAACCUGCGAGCUUGCAACCGCCGUGAAUCUCUAAACAGAUUUGUAACCAAUGAGCAAUUGAUCUCUGAAACAAAUGCUUUCGCCGCGGCCUUGGAUACUAACAUGCCCCUACGUGGUACUAUUAUUGGAGGACUCGACCAGCUCAUUACCAGCGCUGUCACCAACCUGCGAUCCUACACUAAUGAUGUUUUGAACGACUUGAACUGCGCCGCAUCACUAUCACAGAGCAACAACUUCCGCCUCAAGACCAAUUUGUACAUUGUGUUGGACUCCUCCUGGCAGUACACCACUGUGAUGCCUGCCAUCGCUUACUUGGUAGAUUCUAUCGAAGUUGGCAAAUUUGGAUCCAGUAUCACUCUUUUGAGCGCUUUUGAUGGAAGUAUCGUAGUCAACACCACCUACUCUCCUGCUGAUUUCUAUGCCGAAUACAAUUCUACGACACACGCAGCAAUGACGGCUGGAGUGAAUUUUGAAACGAGUUUGACAAACAUUAAGCUGAUGAUGCAACAAUCGCUUGCUAACGAGUCUUUGAGGAACUACGUCGGUGGAAACUCUUCAGUGCUACUGUAUUUGAUUAAUGGCAACUUGCCGGUUACUGACCGUGUAUGGGAACAGGCUAAUGAGAUAAAUAACACCAUUCCUGAUCUUAGAGUGCUCUACGCGACCACCACCAAUCAGUUCGAUGCCUUAUGGCCAUUCGUGCGCGAUAUGUACAGAGACAUUUUCACGGUCUCCCUCAACUCUGUGGGAACUGGUGUGGACACUGCUAUGGCUCCCAUAUUACAGCGAAUUCAAUCCGUUGGCAGAAGAAUCAUAAACCCUACGUGCGGUUUCUUAUUUAACGGAGGAUCAUCUGGUGCUAGAACAUUCGACGACUACGUUGAGCCUGGUUACGUAAACUACUACAGAAUAAGUCCUAACUACUUCUUCGGUAACAAUGACAACAGAAGGAUCAGGGUCAGUCGCACCAGUAGUGGAAUUGGAGGUCUUGUUGUCUGUCACUCUCGAAGUUCCGAACAGCCCAGACGUGAUAACUCUACAGUUCUCAUUGAAGGCAGUGAAAAUAACCCGAUAACAUGUCAAACUUUGAAUUCUGGCAACGUGGAGAUCGGCUUGCAGUAUCUUUGCGAUGGAUGGGACAACACAAACUCUUGUCCUCCGUUCUAUAUGUCAGUGGAGUCUGAUACUGGUCUCACCGCAGGAGGGCUCUCGUCAGCGUCUGCCGCGUGCACAGAUCCGAACUGCAGAUUCCCAUACAACAUCAGGUAUUCAAUACAAGUAGACGAGCUAGGAUGUUUCAACGGAGCUAGCAGCAUCACAGCCAGUUUCCUUAUCCUACUCUCUGCCUUAUAUCUAACACUAUACAGUUCAUAA